UGCCCCUAAACAUAUAGAACUAUUUUGCCUCUCUCUCUCUCUCUCCGUCCCUCUGUUCAUCUUGAUCCUAAACCUAUAGUCUUGUUCCCAAACCUAUAGUCUUGUUCCUCCUGUCUAGCACCUGCAAAUCAUUUCCUGAAUAUCCAUGCAUACAGCCUUAGUUUUGGCUGUCUGACCCACCCUUCCGGUCCUUCUCGUCACUGUUCAUCUGUAUAUCUCAUUUUGCGGCUCUUGUGGUGCAUUAGAAGCAAGAUUGUCAAUGGCCCAACUAUGAGGUAAAUCUUCUGAGAAGCCAGGGCAAAGGGUCUCUCAUCCUCCCAUGCCCAAAAUAUAAUUAUUCACCAGUUUUCAUUUUUUUUUUACAUUCAUUUUUUGUAUAAUCGAUUGUUGUUAAAGCUCAAACGAGAGAACCUGUUCUUGCUUAUAAUUGAUAUAUUAGAAGAGUUAAAAAAACGAAUAGAAAGAACAAGUCCAAGUUGAUGGCAGGAUGCUCAAUUUUAACAAACGGGUCUACCUUAGAUUGUGCUGAGAAUCCUUGUGGUUACCAAAGUAACGAUUGUUGUCUUGCUACUGAUAAUUCCGUAAAAGAUGGUGUCGAUGAUUCUCAUGCUGAUCAUAAGGUUAAACUACGAUGCCUGUUCGACCCGGUUCUUUCAGUUUUUCUGAAAGAGAUUACUAGUACCGCUGUUAUUAGGCCUUUUCCGGCAAUGCUCGGUGACGGGCGAUCACCAGAUUUAUUUAAACUGUUCUGGUUAGUGAGAGAGGGAGGAGGGUUUGACACGGUAACAAAGAAAGGAUUAUGGGCAUUUGUGGCGAAGGAAUCUGGUCUGGAUCAUAGAGUGACCCCUUCGGUGAAAUUGAUAUAUUUUAAGUAUUUGAAUGCAUUGGAGGCAUGGUUCAAGGAGAGGUGUAGAGAUGGGAGAUUUGGCAGUAGGCAGUGUGGAUGUGAUGGGGAUUUCAGUUUGUUAUCUUUGGAGCUAGAGACAGAGUUUAGACAUUUGUUAUCUGAUGGUUCAGGCAAAAACAAGAAAAAAGAUGUUGGACUUCGAAUGGAAUCUUGCAAAAGUGGAAAGUACAUCGAUAUGGAUAUUGGAAAGUGUGGAUUUGAUAUCUCAGACACCAUCAAGGCUUUUAGAAAGCAGGAAGAUGUUGGUAAAGGCAGUAGUGUUGACGACAAAAACAUUCAUGAUGAUGACGAAAAACUUUUUAAUGACGAGGGCACCGCUCAUGUGAUCCUGGAUUCUGUUAUUGCUAAUAAAGAAUUUAUUUUCCGUAAGAGAAAGCGAGAGUCUGUGGCAGGAAUGCUGAAUUGGGUGAUCCAUAUUGCAAAGCAUCCUGAUGAUCCUUCAAUUGGAAUAAUGCUGGAACCAUGUAAGGGGAAUAACCAUGAAAGCAAGGAGUUCUUGGUCCAGGCAAUCAGGGCAAGGGAAGCACUGUUGCUAAGAAGGCACAACAAUCCAAAAGCUGAAAGAUCUCCCUUGGAGAAGAAGCUCAAGAUGCACCCAUCUAUGUAUGAGGAUGGUAGUGCUCCUAGUCACCAUUCUACUGAGAGGUUAAGAUGCAGCGAAAGGCUUCCCACUUUGGUGAAAUCUCAUGCAUCUUCUUGUUGCAAUUCCUGUUCAGCCACCCGAAGUAAAUUGAGCCCAUGCAAGAUAGAGUUGGAUAAUGGCCCCAAGGAUGAAGAACCUAUUACUGAUGACACAUCAGCCACGAACACAACACCUGGGGAUGAUUCCCUCCAAAAGCAAGUUCGUGUGGAUUCUCACCUCCAAGCUGAGGUCCCUGAAUGGACUGGUGUGGUUCCAGAGAGUGACUCUAAGUGGCUAGGGACAUGUGUUUGGCCUUUGGAACAUGAAAAGCAUAAUGCCACUAUUGAAAAAGAUCCCAUUGGGAGGGGAAGGCCUGAAUUUUGUGGCUGUCGACUUCCAGGAUCUGUUGAAUGUGUUAGAUUUCACAUAGCUGAGAAGAGGAUGACAUUGAAGCUUGAGCUGGGCUCAGCGUUUUAUCAUUGGAGAUUUCAUCAUAUGGGUGAGGAAAUUUCACUUCAGUGGACAGCUGUUGAAGAACAGAGAUUUAAGAAUAUGGUAAGGUCAAAUCAUUGGGAAGAUGCAUUUAGGCGCUUUCCAGGGAAGACAAGGGAAAACUUGGUGAGCUAUUACUUCAAUGUAUUUCUUGUCCAGCGUAGAAGUUAUCAGAAUCGUGUGACCCCUAAUAAUAUCGACAGUGAUGAUGAUGAUGAAUCAGAGUUUGGAUCAUUAAGUGGUGGUUUUGGGCACGAAGCAGUUAAGGUUCCAGGAUCCAGUUUUCUAGAGUGUUCUGAUAAUAAGCAAUGCAUUGAUUUUGAGUAGAUAAAAAUGUGGAGUUGGAUUUCAUCACUGUGAUCAGAGGUUUGGUUUGACCCUUAAUGGUGAACCAUAUGACUUCAUUACCGUUCAUAUUUUUGUAAAAUACUUUUCCUCAUAUUUAUUUUCUUACUGAUACA